AUUAUCGUUAUAUUCUUGUUAAUUAUCUAGGGUUUUGUAUUUAAUCGCAGUCGCGACCUAUAUAAGGUCUUCCCAACUCGUAAACCCGGAGCCUCCACUACCCCCCCGCCCCCCUCUCUCUCUCUCUCUCUGCGAAACCCUCUGCAGAACUUUUGCUAGGUUCCAAUGGCCACCGUUCCAGGGCAGCUGAUCUGGGAGAUCGUCAAGAAGAACAACUCCUUCUUGGUCAAGCAGUUUGGCCGGAGCCACGCCGGCGUUCGCUUCAGCAAGGAGCCUAACAACCUCUGCAACCUCCACUCCUACAAGCACUCCGGUUUGGCGAACAAGAAGACUGUGAGUAUUCAGCCCGGAGGCAAAGACCAGUCGGUGGUGCUCGCCACCACUAAGACCAGGAAGCAGAACAAGCCGGCCAGUCUGGUUCACAAGUCUGUCAUGAGGAAGGAGUUUCCUCGCAUGGCCAAGGCUGUUACCAAUCAGGUGGUUGAUAACUUUUACCGACCAGAUUUGAAGAAAGCAGCCCUUGCUAGGCUCAGUGUGGUUUACAGGAGUCUCAAGGUGUCAAAAUCUGGUGCCAAGAAGAGGAAUAGGCAGGCUGUUAGAAUGUACGGAAGGCAGUGAAAUAUUGAGGAAAUGUGUCAUGCAGUCUUUAUUCAGAGUCUUGAGUUUCCAUGUCUCGGGUUCGAAGAGACAUGAAUGUGCAAACUUAUUUUGCUGAAUAUUUUGCUAAACCUGAACAAGUAGUUCUCAGAUAUGUUGCAAUUUGGUUUUUGGAGACCUGCGGACAGUUUUUGUAGUGGUUGAUGCGUGAUUUGUUUCA